CACGGCAACAACAACGACCACUCCACAGUUGAGUGUCUUCCAGUGGAUAGGUCUGGAGACUGCCGAACAGUUGCCCGCAUAUAUUACACGCUACUACAACAAUUUGCAUCAGCAGCCCAUAUAACGACGCCAGUGACUAAGCAAGCAAGCAUGCAUAAAUGCUUGUGUGUGUGUGGAGCGGCACAAGCUAUCAAAGGAUAAAUGACCAAACAAGUCUGCUGAAAUAUUCAACGUCGUCAACGUCAUCAGCAGCAGCAGCAUCAGUAGCAGCAGUAUCAGCAGCCGAAGUUGCACUUGUUUUUCUGUGUAAUUUCCAUUAUUGAUUUUGGCUUCCCAACUGAAAACACAAGCCAAAGAAGAAGUACAGCAAGCAGUUACGACAGCGACUGGCAACAGCAGCAACUACAACAACAACUACAACAACAACAAUUACGCUGCAAACUCGCAUGCUAAAAUCUUAAAAAAAAAAGAAACAAAAACAAAACCGAUUACCCAAAAUUAAACUAAAUUCAUGAAUAAAUAGUGAGCGUAAACAAAAACUGUAAAAAGUAAAUAAAAAUAGCUUAAAAGUAAUUGAAAUUACAUGCAUACUUACAAUACAUUGUGAUGAAAAAAAUGUAAUACAUAAAUUAAUUCAAUUGCACAUACGAGUAUAAAAGAGAUAUAAAAUAAAAUCGAAUCGAAUAUAAAGGAAACCGGUGAGCAGCAUACUUCGAAUUUGGAAAGCGCACAAAUAAAUAUAGUAAAUAAUUCCUAGAAAUACUCGAACGGAAGGAAAUUUCAAAGUAUAUACAAAUACAGAAAAGCAACAACCACACAGUAGUAUAAAUCAAUAAAAGGAAACAAUAAUUUUAAAUGCAACACCAAGCAAGCCACUGAGGUGGCAAUAUACAAUACAACAUACCUAAAUAUUAUAUACCUAUAUGCAUAUAUAUAUAUAUAUAUAUAUAUAUAUAUAUAUAUAUACAUACAUAUAUACAUAUAUUGAUGUACAGUGAUAGCAACAGAAUUUACAUGAAAAACGCGCAGCUAACAGAUCCCAAAGGAGGGCGGACAGGAUAAAGCAGCGAUGCGAAGCGAAAGACCAGGCUGCACAGAAGUUUCAAUUGUUGUAAUUUUAAGAUUUAAAACAAUACAUAGUUGUUGUUAGUAUUUAUUGUUGUUAGUCAUAUAAAAGAAUUGAGCAAAGGAAGAGGACGAAGCGAAGCCACACCACUACUACAAUACUACAAGAAAUCUGGCAACGCUGUGAUUGAGCUUUAAAUACGCACAGAAAGCGGCAGCAAGUUAAAGUAAUAAACAGAGAAAGAAAGAGAGCGAAAGAGAGAGGGAGGGAGGGAUUGAUUGCAGAAAGCGAGUAAUUAUAUAAACGUGCCAAACCUUCGCCCCUCAAUCCACCAGCGAUGCCAGCGAGACGUCAAAAGGACGUGCGGCAGCUGCGUGGCGGCUGCUAAGCUCAGACUAAGCAACGGAUCAACAUAUCAAGGAAGACGAGGACGAAGACGCAGAAGAGGAGCCAGCAGAGUGAGGGCAGCAGCAGCAGCAGCAGCAGCAGGAGCGACGCCAGCAGGGACAUCGGCGUCAUCAAGAGCCUGAAGCCCGCUGUCGAGCAAUUUACAACAUUUAUUCGCGUCAAUCUUCGCCACCGCCACCGCACCGCCUGCAAUGCUCUGGUAGCCAAGACAGUUUUACCGUGGAUCAUUACUGCGUGGGCGGCGGAGGCGGCGACACACACGCAGCGGCGGCAGCAGCUGGUGCAGGCGUACAGGGUGCAGGGGGCGGUGGUGCUCACUGUAGUGGUGCAGGCGGUGCAGGUCAAUGGUCAUCAGCGGGAACGCUGUGCGGUAUCGGUGGCGGUUGUGGCGUAACGCCCUCCGGCCUCAGUCUAGGCAUGUGCCAGCAUCAUGGGCUGACAUCACAGUCGUUGAUGUCCGGUGGCUCGCACAUCUCGCUAGUGGGCGGCGGCGGUGGUGGCAGCAGUGGCAGCAGCGGCAUGAGCGGCAGCGGUGCCGGCAGCAGCGGUGUGGGCAUUGUGCAUGGUCCAUCCUCCGGCAAUCCUGUUGACACAAUGUUGGCCGGCGGCGGACAUUGUCGCAGCAUGAGCGGUUUGAGUUCAAUAAGCAUGGGUGGUGCAUCACCUGCACCGCCGCCAUGCCCGCCACCGCCGGCGCUCUUCAAUCCGUGUAGCUCGGCCAUGUCGCUGCAGCAGGCAGCGGCUGUUUCCCGUUGGGGGCCCCGCACCUCGUGCCCCGUUCACAGUCCGUUUCGUGUGCGUGUGCCCAACGGCUCCAUAUGCUCGGGACAUCAGGCCCUGCUGCAUACACACGAUGUGGUUGCCCGCGAUGUUUAUGGGGAGGAGGCGCUACGCGUCACACCGCCACCAAUGGUACCCUACCUCAAUGGCGACGAGCUGGACAAUGUGGAGAGCAGUGAGCUGCAGCAUGUGACUCGUGUGCGUCUCGUGCAAUUUCAGAAGAACACAGAUGAGCCCAUGGGCAUCACGCUGAAAAUGACCGAGGAUGGGCGCUGCAUAGUGGCGCGCAUUAUGCACGGCGGAAUGAUUCAUCGGCAGGCCACGCUGCAUGUUGGUGAUGAGAUACGUGAAAUCAAUGGACAGCCGGUGCAACAUCAGUCGGUGGGCCAAUUGCAACGAAUGCUGCGCGAGGCACGCGGUUCUGUUACCUUCAAAAUAGUUCCUUCGUACCGUAGCGCACCGCCACCCUGCGAGCUUUUCAGGAUAAGACCCGCUCCAGUGCUUAUUUUCGUACGCGCGCAAUUCGAUUAUAAUCCGCUUGACGAUGAGCUUAUACCCUGCGCACAAGCUGGUAUUGCAUUUCAAGUUGGCGACAUACUGCAGAUCAUAAGCAAGGACGAUCAUCAUUGGUGGCAGGCAAGACUGGAUACGGUUGGCGGUUCGGCGGGCCUCAUACCGUCACCUGAGCUACAGGAAUGGCGCAUAGCCUGUCAGACUGUUGAUAAGACCAAGCAAGAGCAGGUAAACUGUUCCAUAUUUGGUCGCAAGAAGAAGCAAUGUCGGGACAAAUACUUGGCCAAACACAAUGCCAUAUUCGAUACGCUCGACGUGGUCACAUAUGAAGAGGUUGUUAAAGUGCCAGUGGGUGAUCCGAACUUCCAGCGCAAAACUUUGGUGCUAUUAGGUGCCCAUGGUGUUGGUAGGCGGCACAUUAAAAAUACUUUGAUUUCAAAGUAUCCCGAUAAAUAUGCCUACCCCAUACCACAUACAACGAGACCUGCUAAGCCCGAGGAGGAGAAUGGACGCAGCUAUUACUUUGUGUCGCAUGACGAAAUGAUGGCCGACAUUGGGGCCAAUGAGUACUUGGAAUAUGGUACCCACGAGGACGCCAUGUAUGGAACCAAGUUGGACACCAUUCGUCGCAUUCACACCGAAGGAAAAAUGGCCAUAUUAGAUGUAGAGCCGCAGGCGCUUAAAAUACUACGGACCGCUGAAUUUACGCCCUACGUGGUGUUCAUAGCGGCGCCCUCAUUGCAAAAUAUUGCAGAUUAUGAUGGCAGUUUGGAGCGUCUGGCGAAAGAAUCGGAUAUGUUGCGACAGUUAUAUGGCCAUUUCUUCGAUUUGACGAUUGUGAACAACGACAUAAGCGAGACAAUUGCCACGCUGGAGACGGCCAUUGAGCGAGUGCACACCACCCCGCAAUGGGUGCCCGUCUCCUGGCUCUACUGACAAGACAGUGAGCUGGAAUGCCCCGACUGUCUGGAGGGUUGCGAUUGCGAGUGGGAGGCAUACACGCAGGCGUCAAACGCGGCACUCUACUAAAUCGAGCGAUCCUCCACCAGCCGCCACCAUCUAGGUGGCAACAGCGAACUGCAAUUGUUUCAACCAAGUAUUACCAGUACCACUUAUAUUUCGAGGCACAAAUACAUCACAAAAGCAACACACACCACACCACACCACACAGAACAACAACUGCAACUACAAUAAGAACUACAGUCGCAAUCAGAAUGGGGGCCGCUUAUUAAGAAAUGCGCUUGGCGCUUACAAAACAAACACAAAAAACACAAAAAAAAAAAAAUCAGAAAGCAAAAGAAAUGAUUAUUAUGAGGUGUGUAAGAAGAAGACAAAGCGCAAAGACAAAAUGUUCUAUUAUUUAUAUUUCUAAAAAGUGUUUAAUUGUUUGCAGUUAUGUCUUAGUUUUAGUGAAAUAUGCAAAUGUAUUGCCAUUCCAGUACGCUGCCUAGUGCGUUAUAUUUAUUGUUUAUUUAUAUACUACAUGCAUAUGUAUUUGUUGUUUUUGUUUUAUUGUUUACUAGUACUGUGUACAUUGUAUCUUUGAGCCGUGUGUUUCUUUUUAGUCAGACAGCAUUAAACGCUUAUGUAAAUCCAUCACUUGUUAGUAUCUCUAAGUUAAGUUAUAACUCAACAAAAAUGAACAUACAAGAAACUGUUUUCAAUUAGUUUGCCACAUCAACAUCAAACAAAAGUCUUUUGAAAAGCGUCAAACGAGUUAGUAUUAUAUAGCAAACUUACGUAAUUAAUUAUAAUUAAAUAUAACAACCACACAACAUGCCACACACACACAAACCGACACCCAUGCAAAACAAUUAGAAAAGAACGCAUAACAACAAACAACAUUAUAUUGUGAGCAAUUUCAAGUGUUUCAUGAAAAAAAUAAAAACAAUAAAUGCGAGAUUAAACUACACAUUUAAAGUAAACAAAAAGAAAGAACUAAGCAAUUAAAUGCAACUAACCAAGCGCACGUUCUUAACUGCAAUGCAAAUAAAAAUAAAGAGUAAAAAUCACAAAACGCCAACACACCACAAGGCAGGCGAUAACAAGCGAAACGAAUCAUUUGUUGAUGUUUAAUUAAAUUAAAUGAAAAUGAAAAAAAUACAAUCAAAUUAAAUAAAUCAUUUGCGAAAAGGAA